GCUCAGCUGUUUCGCACAGUAAGCGUAUCAUGGCUGCAACUUCGGCAAUGAUGGGAUUAUUACCGUUCCUGUUAGACCUACUGUCCAUGGUCCCCGCUGGAGCUCAGGUAAUUUGUCUGAGUGACAUGUAUGGCACGAUCAACUCCCCGAACUUUCCAGAACCCUACCCUAAAGAGUCCGAGGUCCGCUGGAACAUAAGCGUUCCCGACGGGUUCCAAAUCAGACUUUACUUCCUGCACUUCGACCUAGAACCCUCCUACCUCUGUGAGUACGACUAUGUCAAGGUGGAGGCUAAUGGAGAGGAGCUGGCAGUGUUCUGUGGGCGCGAGGACAGUGACACAGAGCAGGUCCCAGGAGAGCAGGUCAUGAGCUCCCCUAGGAGCUCCUUCAGUGUCUCCUUCCGGUCCGACUUCUCCAAUGAGGAACGCUUCUUGGGCUUCGAGUCCCACUACAGCGCUGUCGAUGUGGAUGAGUGUAGGGACAGGAACGAUGAGGAUCUGGCCUGUGACCAUUUCUGCCACAACUACAUUGGUGGCUACUACUGCUCCUGUCGCUAUGGCUACCUGCUGCAUUCUGAUAACAGGACAUGUCGAGUGGAGUGCAGUGAUAAUGUGUAUACGGAGCGGUCAGGGGUGCUUUCCAGUUCCGACUUCCCCAACCCCUACCCCAAAAGCUCUGACUGCCUGUACCACAUUGAGCUGGAAGAUGGAUUCCUGCUCAGCCUGGAGUUUGAUGACACCUUCGACAUUGAGGACCACCCUGACGUCACCUGUCCCUACGACUAUGUCAAGAUCCAGGCUGGAGAGAAGGUGUACGGUCCGUUCUGUGGUGACCGGCCACCAGGCAAGAUCCAGACAGAGAGCAACAAGGUCCAGGUGUUCUUCCACAGUGAUAACUCUGGAGAGAACAUCGGCUGGAGGCUCUCCUACACCUCUUCAGGAAGGAGUCCGUGUCCAGUCCCUGUGAAGCCCCUCUAUGGCAAGCUGGAUCCGGUCCAGAUCCAGUACUCCUUCAAAGACCACGUCCUGGUAUCCUGUGACCCAGGAUACAGACUGAUAAGGGAUGGAGAGGAACUGGAGCACUUUCAGAUCGAGUGUCAGAAAGAUGGCUCAUGGAACAGUUUUGUCCCACUUUGUGAAAUUGUGGAUUGUGGGACUCCUGGGGAGGUUGCCAUGGGUGACGUCAUCUUCGAGAGCUCUAGCAACAGCACCCUGUUCGGUUCUAUAAUCCAGUACAUCUGCAGGGAGUCCAUGUACCAGAUUCACCCCAAGAUCAACAGUAUGUACACCUGUGGAGAGAAGGGAGAGUGGACCAACUCAGAACAUGGGACUAAAACUCCUACCUGUUUGCCAGCAUGUGGGGAGCCGUCCCAGCCCUUCCCAGCACAGAUUAAGCGUAUCGUCGGGGGGCGCAGCACUGUGCCAGGUCUCUUCCCCUGGCAGGUUCUCCUCACCGUGGAAGACAUGUCCCGUGUCCCGGAGGACCGCUGGUUCGGGAGCGGUGCCCUGCUCUCUGAGUCUUGGGUCCUCACCGCCGCUCACGUCCUGCGCUCCCAACGCCGCGGCGCCACCGUAGUGCCUGUGGCGCCCGAACACGUCCGAGUCUACCUAGGCCUGCACGAUGUCCGUGCCAAGCAAAACGCCACCAACCGCUCUGUGGAACAAGUCAUCCUCCACCCUCACUUCGACCCUCGCAACUACAACAACGACAUCGCCUUGGUCAAGCUGAGUCAGGCGGUGCCAGUGGGGGAGCUGGUGCGGCCCAUCUGCCUGCCCCCUCCCCAGGGCAAAGACAGGCCCCAGAGCCCCCAGCUCAACACCCUGGGCCUGGUGGCCGGCUGGGGCAUCUCCAACCCCAAUGCCUCUGUGGCCGCCGACAUCACCGCACUCUCCUCUGACCUGGGCAUGGUGUCGGACGUGCUGCAGUAUGUCAAGCUGCCUGUGGUGGCACAGGAGGAGUGUAAGGCCAGCUAUGCAUCACGCUCCAUCAACUACAACAUCACUGACAACAUGUUCUGUGCCGGCUUCUACGAGGGUGGGCGCGACACGUGCCUGGGGGACAGCGGGGGGGCGUUCGAUGGAGGAGCCCGGAAGCGGGCGCUGGGGGCCCAAGGCCUGGUGUC